AUGCCCCUGGGCUUCAUGCAGCCUGCGGGAAGGGCAGCACCUCAAGCAUUACUUCUCCGACGCGUCCGAGGUUCCUUUGGAGGACCCAGAGCCGGAAGUGCUUCGCUUUCCCCUUCCAGGACCCGAGGCUCCUUCCCAUCACCCCUUGCGCGCGCCCGCCCCUCCCUUCUUCCUCGGCGCUGCCUGCGAGGUGGCUGCCAUCUGUGUCGCGGUGAGUCCGCAUCGCCGGCCAUCCGUCCGCCUGUGGGUUCGGCGCGGCCCUGGCGCCGGGUGGGGAGGCCUCGGCAUCGCCAGGCGGGGAAGCCGCGGCGUCGGGCUCCGCGCUGGCGCCGCAGUGGCGAGCGUGCACGGGCCGGGCCUGCUGGCCGCUCGAGCCGCUACGGAGUGCGCCCAGGGCCAGUCGGCGGGCCAGGCCGGGCCGGGCCGGGUUUGCUGCCGUGCGGUCGGUGGGCUUGCGGUGACGCACGCCGCUUUCCCGGCACUCCCUGGCCGCCGGGUCGCUUGUUAGCGGCUUUGGUCGCGGAAAGGGCCGCCGCUGUCUGGCCUUCGAGGUGCCAGGGAGCAGAGACGCUUGCUGGAGACGGUUGUCGGGUGCAUAGUGCGUGCCCGACCUGGCAGGUCAGCUGCUGCCAUUCAUUGAGGGUAGAAUGGCUGGGGUGAGCCCUGACCUCUUGAGAUCGCGUCUGGAGAGUGGCUAGUACUCUGCCAGCUUCGGAAGCAGGAGGGAGAGCAAG